AUGGAAGCAGUGGUUGAAAAGGAGUUCUCUGUUGAGGCACCUUCCACUUUAGAAGCAAGCCACUUGACUGAUGACGCAGGUUCUGAUGCAAGCAAGGAAGAUUCCUAUAACUUUAACGACUAUGUCUCAAAUUAUGAAGGUCCCGAUGAUCCGGAUAUUCAUAACGACGGUAUUGUAGUUGAACAAGAGACGCCUCAGAGUUUUUCAUCUCGGGCGGAAAAAAAUGUAGAGUUUCCUGAAUCAUACGAAGAAAGAAACGAGCAGAUUUCUUCAGAGUCCUCUUCUACUUAUGAAGAUGACGCAUUUGAAGUGGUAGAUGAAAAAACCCGUCACGAUAAUAAAAGCAGUGCUUCCAGCACGGAUUCAUUUCACACCGAUGGUUCGGUCAAAGAUCGUAGCAAUGUUUCAGAUCGCGCAAGUGAUACUUCGUAUGACGAAAAGGACGUGGAGAACGAUAUGUUCGCUGAAUCCGUAGUACCGCCUCAGGCCACGCAGGGGAAUGACUCCGGACACAACCCUGAAAAAGUCGAUGAAGACUGUGCAAAUAACUUUGCGAACCAGUCCAUAACUGAUAUUGUGAAAGAAUCUGCUGAAAUAUCGUCAGAAAACUUAAAGACCGACGAUAUAGUUGUUCCAAGUGAUAAGAACGACACGGAGUCGGUUGAUUUUACAAAUUCAUGCACAUCAAAAUCGACCAGCUUUUCUUCGAUUGAUAUGAUAAAUGCGAAGGAAGUGCAAUAUGAAGUAACUGAUGAGAAGGGUAAUGAUAACCGUAUGUCAGUCGCUACUCUUGCGGAGAAUCCGGAGUUGAACGACAUAUCUUUAGAUGAUGAAUCUCUUAGUGUUGGGGAGCCGCAAAAGGAAUGGAGUUUUAAUGACUGGUCAUUUCCUAAAACACCCACUUCUUUGAAAUCUCUUUCAACACUUUUCAGUCCACGUUCUGCGACCUCACCCGCACCUUCCUCCAAAAACGAUGAUCGUCGUAUGUCCAGUGUAUCAAUGAUGUCGACUGGGUCCAAUUAUGAUCUAUUAUUGGCGAGACUUGAUAGGGAAAAUCAAAUGUUACAAGAGGAUCCCAAAGCAAAAAGAAUAUCGCUUCAAGGAAUUGCUGAAAUAAAAGCUAGUUUUGAGCGUGCUCAAAAUGAGGCUUCUGAAAAUGCAAAUGAAGAGGACAUUGACUGGGAUUUUUGGGGACAAAUUAUUUCGGACUAUGAGACAGUUGCUAGGACACAACCCCGACAGUUGUCAAAGAUGAUUCAAAAAGGAAUCCCGCAAACAUUACGCGGUAUGAUAUGGCAAUUAAUGUCUAAAUCUAAGGAUAGUGAAUUGGAGUUGACAUACGCACAAUUGUUAAAGGGAACCAGUUCACAUGAAAAGAUGAUUAUGAGAGAUUUGAAACGUACAUUUCCAAAACACGAAUAUUUCCAAGAUCAAGGUGGACAAGAAGGAUUAUUCAACGUCGUAAAAGCGUAUUCCAUUUAUGACAAAGAAGUUGGGUAUUGUCAGGGAAUAUCAUUCGUUGUCGGGCCGUUACUUUUAAACAUGCCUGACGAAGAGGCAUUCUGUGUGCUUGUCAGACUCAUGAAGUAUUACAACAUACGAGGACACUUUCUGCCCGGAAUGGACGGCCUUCAAUUGAGACUAUUUCAAUUUGACCGCUUAGUUGAAGAGAUGCUUCCGAAAGUACAUCAACACCUUCGAGAUCAAGGAAUAAAUUCAUCGAUUAUUGCACUGUUAAAGAGGAACGAAAAAAAAUUGGUAGAAAUGGAAUUCGAGAAACUUUUAGAGUUCUUAAAAAGUGGAUUGUUCGAAAGCUAUCAGAUCACACACACCGGUGUUUUGGCUCAGUUGGUCCCGGACAUUCAAUACAAAACCAAUGAAUUUGUUCUGGACGCGUAUAACAUCAGGAUUACCACCAAGAAGCUCAAUAAAUAUCAACAAGAGUAUUAUGCACAUCAAGAAGCAGAAAAAAGGCGAUUGAUGACGGAAGCCGAGUUGAUGGAAAGACUGAAGGCGACUAACCAACACUUGACCAAUCAUGUUAAAAGUUUAGAAGGCAGUUUACAACAGCUUGAUCGAGAACAUGUUGAGUUGGCCAAUGAACUUGUAAACACGAAAGUCGAACUUGCUCGGAUCAAGGAUGAAAAUGAUGAAUUACGCUCUACUGUUGCAAAUUUACGUAAGAACCUGGAAAAUCAGUUAAGGGACGAAAUGAAUUCACUGGCACAAAAGAACGUAAAGUUGGUAGAAAUUAACAAUAAGUUGGAGGAUCAAGUGGCAAAUUUAGAGAAUAUGUUAAUUGAAAGUAAAAUGAGAUAUGCCGAAAGCGAGAACGAAAGGGAAGUAUUAAAACGUAAGUGGAAUGAUUUGAAAAAGGCGAUAGGUUAA